CCUUAGUUGUUUGAGGACCCCAACGAUGCCAGCGUCAGGACCAGGCUCUGCUGCAUCUUCUCCCACUCAGCUCACAAUCUUCUAUUCUGGAACCAUUAGUGUGUUUGAUGCUGUUCCAGCAGAAAAGGCCCACACAAUUAUGCUGAUCGCUGCUGCUGCUGCUGCUGCUACUGCUGCUAAGAACUCAAGCAGAAAGGAUAGCGGGAUUCCUUCUGCAGCUGCUUCACCAGUACUCACAAGGUCUCCUUCCUUGCAGAGUACUGCAGCUGCUGUGGCUUCACAACAAUCCCAAUUUCAACCCAUUCAGAAUACCUCCAUGUGCAAUCUGCAAGCAGAACUUCCAAUUGCAAGGAGACACUCCCUUCUUCGCUUCUUGGAGAAGCGACGGGACAGAUUGGUGAGCAAGAGUCCCUAUCCUCCUGUGGUAGUGACAAAAGAAGCAGACAACACAGGAAGUGGCCUCAGUGCUGAAGCCCCGUCCCUGCAGGGCUGCUUCUCAGAGACUUCCAAAUCUCAGGAAGAGUUCCAACCAACUGCUGCCACCCACCUUGCAUGAAUUAAUGAAUUAAUGAAUGGAAACCUCGACGAAUUAUAGCACAAACAUAAGCUUGUGAUUAGUUUUAUUUUCUUAGUUUGUCGCUAUGGUUAUUUAUCUCACUCCAAAAUUAUUCAAAGCAAGUGACCAUCUAGACUUGAUGGGUGGCCGGUUC